GACAUCAUGGACCUGAACACGGCUGUUCUGCUGUUGGCUUUUGGGCUGGGUUCUGUCCGGUCACAAAGAGGAGACUUCACCAUGCCCGACUGGUUCCAGAACAAACUGGACCUGAUUCUGAAGCUGGAGGAGCGGAUGAAAAAUGUGGACACGUGCUGCAAGAACCUGGAACAUCUGGAGAUCAGGCUGAACGCCACUUUGUCCGAGAUGACGCGGCAGAAGGACGACAUGGACAAACUGAAAGAGGAGAACGAAGAACUGAAGAAGAAGGUUGGACAAGUCUCCCCACAGGUGGCGUUCUCCGUGUCUCUGGCUGAUUCUGGGGAGCUGUACAAAGGCCCAUGUGCAGACAAGACCCUGGUGUUUAAACGAGUUUUCUCCAACAUCGGGAACGGCUACAACCCCAACACUGGAAUGUUCACAGCGCCGGUAGGCGGGGCCUACUUCUUCACCUUUAACACAUUUGGCUACAACAGUCACACUGCAGGCGCCAUUUUGAUCAAGAACAACGACAUUCAGAUUUCGACGUACGAGGGCGUGUCUGCGGACGGCGCCGACAGCAGCACUAACUCGGUCCUGUUGACUCUGGCUCCGGGUGAUACUCUGCACCUCCAGCUCUGGGACAACGGGCAGGUUUUUGACAACGGCAACGCACACACCACCUUCACCGGGUUCCUCCUUCACCCAACAACUAAAUAA